CUUUGGGCGGCGCCGGCAGCCGCGGCGGUUCUUGAGGGAAAGAGGCGGCGGCGGCGGCGGCGCUGGGAGCCGGGAGCCCAGGCGAGAGAGGCCCGCCCUCUCUCCCCCCCUCCUCCCGCUCUCAUUCCGCCGCCCCCGCGUUCGGGCUCGCUGCGGCACACGGCACAUCGGAACCAUGAAGGAAACCAUUCAGGACAAGAAGUAUUGGAGGCCGUCCGCGAGCCUCCGCGACCCCAUGGGGCAUCAGGACAAGUUGUGCCGGUCUUCCCGGGAAUGGGGUGAACCUGAGCACAAACACAGUGGAUGCUUUGAGGGGAGCCAGCACUUGGACUACACCAAGAAGCAGCCGCUGGGCUGCGCCCCUUUAUCCUCCAACAGCGAUGAGGAAGAAGAAGGAAAGUGGGGGCUCCCCUACAUGUCCAGCUGGGGAAUCUCGAGGGGCACCUCUGACCCAGCUCAGAACACAGCCGGCAGGGGGAAGGUGGCCAGGAGCGGCGGGCGAGCCUGGCCCUUCGAAGUGGGAGCCAGCUCUCAUUUCAGAGGGCGCCCACCGCUGCUGGGGACCUCGAGGCGGCCCUACCUCCGGCGUCGGCGUCGAAACCAGCGGGCCAUGCGGGCCUUGAGCAUGCUCCUGUAUUCUAAGAGCUCUUUCCAUUGGAAGCUGUGGGGCAGGAUGAACUGCAAGGGGCGCCGCCGGGGAGGGACAAAGCGGGCCCGGUCCUCCCUGUCCCUUUCCCCCGGCUCCCAGCCCGAUGACGAUCACCUUCCGGUCUACAAGAUGAGCUGCCCCUUGGGGGAGGAGGACUGCCAAGGCGGAGCCAGGCGGAGGCCCUGCCCUGCCCGUUUCAAGCCCCGCCCUUCGGAGGCCCACCUGAACUAUGAGUUGGAUGGGGCCUUCCCCCCCGCUUCAUCCGCGCCUCAGCCGUCCCGCCUCGGCUUGCUGGGAGCUCUGAUGGAUGAAGCCUCCCCCUACCCUCAGUAUGUGGAGCUGCGGAGGGUCAGUUUCGACAAAGACCCCGGCAUGAUGGAACUGGAGGAGGAGGAGGAAGGAGCUGCUGCCAUGCUGAAGUACCCUGGCGGGGGGCCCCAAGUCUCCCCCAGGACUAGGAAGAUAGGAGAGGGAGAGCACAGCCUGGACGGAGACGGAGGCCCCAUGGAUGCUCUGCCCAACGGUUUCGCCCCCCUGACUCCCGACGGCGACCUCUGCUCCCUCCCCGGGGUCACGGACGCCACCAUCCUCAUCAGCAACGUCUGUAGCAUCGGGAGCCACGCGGCCGAGGAACUCUUCCAAGGCCCCCGCGACAGGGACAGGCUGCUGGAUCCGUCUGGAAUCAGGCUCGAAGCAGGGGGCCAGCAGGUGGAGUUGGCUGCCGAGGGCGGCCAGGAGAGGCCUGGCGAGAAAGCAGUGCAGCACAGCCCGCUGAGGGAAGAACACAUCACGUGUGUGCACAACAUCUUGGACGAGUUCCUGCAGACGUACGGCAGCCUCAUUCCUAUCAGCGUGGACGAGGUCGUGGAGAAGCUGGAGGACAUCUUCCAGCAGGAGUUCUCUAUGCCUCAGAGGAAAGGCCUGGUGAACCAGCUGAUCCAGUCCUACCAGCGAAUGCCGGGCAAUGCCAUGGUGCGGACCUUCCGGGUCACCUACAAGCGCCACGUCGUCACCAUGGAUGACUUGCAGACGCUCUACGGGCCGAAUUGGCUCAAUGACCAGGUAAUGAACAUGUACGGGGAUCUUGUGAUGGACACGGUGCCGGAGAAGGUACAUUUUUUCAACAGUUUUUUCUACGAUAAGCUACGAACCAAGGGGUAUGAAGGAGUGAAGCGCUGGACCAAAAAUGUGGACAUCUUCAACAAGGAGCUGCUUCUCAUCCCGAUCCACCUGGAGGUUCACUGGUCUCUGAUCUGUGUGGAGGUGAAGCAGAAGAAAAUCACGUACCUGGACUCCCAGCGCACCCUCAACCGGCGGUGCCCCAAGCACAUCUGCAGAUACCUGCAAGCUGAAGCAGACAAGAAGAACCGUCCAGACUUCAGAGACGGGUGGAAAGGGGUUUUCCAGAUGAACAUUGCCAGGCAGAACAAUGACAGUGAUUGUGGAGCUUUCGUCCUGCAGUAUUCCAAAUUCCUGGCUCUGGGCCUCCCCUUCACAUUCACGCAGCAAGACAUGCCGAAACUCCGCCGACAGAUGUACAAGGAGCUGUGCAACUGCAAGCUCAUUGCGUGACGGCCUACACACACUCAGACACACACAUCCACCGCCUCGGACAAACGGAUACUCUACCCUCCCUCCUUCCUACAGCUGGGAGCAGCACCCCCCACCCAGAAGCUCUGCCUCACCUUGCUGGGAUGCAGGUUCAGAUGCCAUCAGAUCUGGGGUGUAUGCAGCACGGGGACUCUUAGGUCACUGGAACUCUGAGGUUUGAUAACCGGACUCAUUUGGGGGGAGUUGUUUUUUUAACCCAAAUUACCAGCCCCCCCCCCUUUCUUCUCUUCCUGGUCUUUUUUGUUUUGUUCAUAUUUAAACCCAACACAGAGUGACAAUUCUCUGGGUUGGUUAUUUUGGGGUGUGGGGUGGGAU